GGAUUAGUUCGAAGUUGUGGUAAACAAAAAAUGUUCUUUUACUGGUGCUUGAUAUCCUUGGUAACUGGCUAUGGCUAUGUAACGAAUAUAGCUGUGGAAGCCGCCACGACUACCGAGCAUCCAAAUGUAGAAUCGAAUCGUAUAAUUACAGAAAGAUUGAAGGAGUUACCCAAUAACCCUGAGGGACACACUCAAAACAACGCAGAAUAUAAUGACGAAAUUAGAAAAGUAAUCAUGGCAAGCAAGAAGAGCAUAAAUUUCCUUGAAGAAAAAGUUGCAGUCUACGAACGCUUUCUGGCAUACAACAGAAGAAGAUUGGAUCUAGAGCAUGAAAUUGAAGAUCGCAUUAAAGUUCUUAAUUAUGCGAGAAUACCAAAUUAUUGGCCGGGGAGUUAUUGUUUGAAUUACUAUUUGGCGCAGAGGGUAGAGCUUGAAGGAGCUUACCAGCGGUCGAAUGCAGUAAAAGAGCAAAAGAUAAAGAAUAACAUAAUUGAUUGCGUUGAACCGGACUACGAAUAUGAAUAUGUGUAAAAAUUAAGAGAAUUUAAAGAAAGAGGAAAGGUUUUAGUUCAGUACUUUUACGAGAAUUAUAACAAAGAACAUAAAUCAAUUAUCGACUGCGAAUUUUUGUAUGAAUAUAUAAAACUAUUUGUCCCAAU